UCUGUCAAACUCAAUCUUCGAUUGGUUUUCUUCUGUUUCGGCAGCUUCGUCCCCCAGGUUCGGCAUCGAAAAAAGACCCAACCCGACCCCGCCUAGCGCCCACCUAGCCCCACAUCGCCGGCUUGUUGCAGAUUUGGACGGAGAAAAUUCUGAUAGCGGAGACAGGGUCGAGUUCCAGAGCCAUAUAAUUGGACCAUAUUCAGGAGGAGAUUGAGGAGGUGUCUGCCGUUCCGGAAGUGAAGGAGAAGAAGAAGAGCAGAAAUGCUUUGAGGAAGGGGUCGGAAGGUGAAGAGGUCUGAGCUAUGCAGUUCAACACUCACAAAAGCCGUGGCCUUCCGCUAUCUUCCUUUUGGAAAGGCUUUAAACCUUGUUUCCUUAGAAGGGUGCUUUUCUGUAUUAGACCUGGGGGACCUCUUACUCAGGUCGCUCCAGGCUCUACCGGAACCGAGCGUACCUUGGGACACGCGCUACAAAAGGCUUAGGAAGCGGGCCUGUCUGAUGAAGGGACUUCGUAUAUAUAUAUAUAUAUAUAUUAAAUUGACUCGUUUGAAUUGUUAAUUCCGAGACAAUUCUUCAGAAAGCAUCUGGAGCACGGAAAAAUUCUGUACAAGAAAUGCAGAAAGUGGGAAAGUUGGAUACCAAAUUGAACGGACAAAGCGUCCAGCCUGUCUCCAGCAGUGCUCAAAUAACAGAAAUGACUGCAGUUCAAGAUCACACUAAGAGAAAUAACACAACUAGGAAGCAAGAGGUGGAGGCAUCGGUACAAGAGCUUGCUUCUCGAGCUGCUUCCCGAGUCAAGGCUGUAGCUGCGGAAAAGAUCACACCACCAAAUUCGGCAUAUCAAUUUGAGGCUAUAUCUCCAAGUGCAUUGCCGCAGAUAUUCAAAAAUGCUUUGACUGUUCCCAUACUUCUUGACAUUAUCAAGUGUGCGGCAACCUUUGUCGUUGAAGAAAUGGAUUUGGCCGUCAAUUAUUUGGAGAACUUAACCGGGGUUCCAAGAUUUGACACACUCAUCAUGUUUCUUUCGUCCUCAGACAACGCUGAUCUUGUUAAGAUAUGGGAUGAAGUGUUUGACAAUGAGGCAACUCCGGUUGAGUAUGCCGAGAAGCUUGAUAACCUGCAUACAAAGUACUGCCCAAGCGAUGACAAAGCUCAACAAGUUUCUACUUUACCCUCCUCCACCUCUUGUACUGUAAAUUCAAGUUGUAAAAAUUUGAAAUGCUCCAACGACCCCUUUGAAUCUCAAAUUGUAUCGUGGACAACUUUUCUAUCCAUUUAUCGAGAUGUUAAAAGUACAUUGCAACUUUUACUUCACUCCUGUUGGACUUGAAUACUUCGAACU